AUGGCCAUGGGCUGGUACUGUACCACCCUCACGCUCUUGGCGGGAGCGGGCCUAGCCCAUUCGGCGGCGUUGUCCGCCCCAGCGACACAAAUUGUGGAUUUAGACUACGCUAUUCAUCAAGGCACCUUAGGUAGCUCAGGGUCCUACUACAACUUCUCGAACAUACGGUAUGGCGAAACAACGACCGGAGCAGACCGCUUCCGUGCGCCAAAAUUGCCAACCAGCGUUGAUCGACGACUAAACCGCGGCCAGAACUUCACUCGUUGUCCACAAGCUCAUCCCGCCUGGCUCACGACUGGCUAUGAAGUCGCGAUCGGUGAGCCAACGUCCGCACUGACGCAUCCGGCGUUCAAUAUUUCUCAAGUUCCUCCCGUGAACCCGGAAGAGUCAGAAGAUUGUCUCUUUCUGGAUGUCUUGGUUCCCACAGAAGCAUUCAGCAGGCGAUCCAGCAGAAGACGCACUGCGACUGUCGAGGCUGCUAGCGGACUUCCAGUGCUUGUCUGGAUCGAUGGUGGGGGCUUCUCCGCCGGAUAUAAGCAUGAGAUGAAUGCCACAGGCCUGAUGACGCGAAAGAGUGGCGCUGGGGAGGAUUUUAUCUUUGUGGCCAUGAACUAUCGAGUCGGCUUGUUUGGCUUUCUACCGGCGCAGCUGAACGGCGAGGGAGACUCGAACGCCGGCCUCCUUGACCAACGACUUGCGCUACAAUGGGUGCAGCAAUACAUCCAUCUCUUCGGGGGCGAUUCCAGCCGGGUCACCAUCAUGGGAGAAUCCGCUGGUGGCGGCUCAGUACUCCACCAGAUCACCGCUUACGGUGGGUCGCGCCCGAUACCGUUCCAGAAAGCGAUCCUACAAAGCCCAGGCUUUCAGCCAAAUGGCAGUCCGGGCUUCCAACAGAGCAUUCUGGAGCAGACCUUUUCCGUAGCGUCAAGCCUUACCAACAAGUCGAUCCGAUCCAUCUCAGACCUCCGCUCGCUGACUUUCGAGGAGCUACACCUCCUCAACAGCGUCAUCGUCGGCGGAUCCCCUUAUGGCAUAUACACAUACGGCCCCGUGGUAGACGGCUCCUUCGCACCUGAUCUGCCCAGCCGUCUCAUCGCGCAGAAUCGCUUCGCGGCUGCAUCCCUGCAAGGUCUACUAAUGGGCACGAAUCACCGGGAAGGCAUCCUCUUCGACUCCCCUUUCCUAGCCAAUGAUAGCGACUACCGUGCCAACAUUCGCCAAUUCUUCCCCAACAUGACACAAGCGGAUCUCAAUUAUGCUGCAACAGCACUAUAUCCUAACGAUCUGUCGGGCAAGUAUAACUACACGACGCAACCCGAGAGAGCAGCCAUCACGACUGCUGAAGGUUGUUUUCUGUGCAAUACGCGCUGGUUGGCGCAAGCGUUGGGUCCAAAGACAGGCAAGAUCUGGAAGUACCUCUUCGCUGUGCCGCCGGCUAUUCAUGCGGAUGACUUGGCAUAUUCGUUCUAUAAUGGUCCGGAAACGAAGACUUGGGAGGAGCUUCCAGUUGUGGAGGAGGUGGCCAACGUCUUACAACAAUAUAUUGUCAACUUUGUGGUGACGGGCGAUCCAAAUGGGGCAGCGAAGGAGCCUGGGGUGAUGCGAAAGGCUCUACCGACGCCGCUGGGCCGGUAA